UUCGUCCACAUCGCCGACCCCGAGGCCCCGGGCCAUCAGUAGGUAACGUUAACUGUCGACUAUCGAUUGAUCAGCAUGUCGUAAAGUCCCGCACCCCCGUUCACGUCGGACCCGAAAGCGAGCGAGUCCACGGUCAAGCGGGAAGCCAAAUUGAUUGGCGUCGCUUUCAGAGCAUCGAUCGGCAUCGAGACAGCCAGGGCCCUCACUUGUAGCAGUCGGCAUGAUUACAAAAAUGGAUUAGCAUGGUGCGUAUAACCUACGGCGUGGGACCUGAUGAUAUAAGUCAAGGUGAGCUCCAGUCCAGGAUUCACUUACACAAACAACCUCGCUCCGCACAAACCAUUCGCUCGUUCACCGACAACUUGACGGUUUUUGCAUUUGAGCACCAUGUGCUCUUUGCGAUUACGUCUCAACCAGAUACCCCAAUACCCUCUUUAGGAUCUUUCAACUCGAAGUUGGCUAUUUUGCCUACCCUUUCGGCCCUGCUCCAAAAAAGAAAAAGACAACAACAAAAAACACUACAAACACACAUACACGGCGAUAACGACUACGAUGAAGACCCAACACAUAGCCCUGCCGAGUCUCCAGGCCGCGUCCGUCGCCUUCUUCGCCGCGCGCGGCGCCGAGGCCAGGAGGGUCUUCUGCGCCAACGCGAACAACGAGGUCGUCGCCGACGUCAACUGCGACGGCUCGCAGCCCGCCGGAGCCUUCUUCCGGAUCGGCAGCGACGUCGAGGUGCCGUCCGUCGGCAGCGCCAUCGACCCGGCGACGCUGAAGUAUGACGCCGCGGACGUGAUCGGCCGCCAGAACGCCCGUUACCCGCCGCCGCCCGAAUUCAUCUCCGGCGGGUUCGGGAAGCGGCAGUGUGAGAGCGACGACGCCAAGAAGAAGAAAAAACAGCCUGGCCCCGUCGGCGGCGGCGGCGGCGGCAGGUCGGGCGGCAGCAGAUCGGGCGGCAGCAGGUCAGGCGGCAGGGGCGGCGGUUGAUUGUUUCUAUCGCUUUGUGGCGUAUUGUAUGCUUAGGCGGUUAUUUGGUUUGUUGAGUGCAGCGCCAGUUUGCCUCCUGGUUUUAAUUUUCCUUUCUCCCUCUCAUUCGC